CCCAUGAUUCAUACAGAAAAUAUUUUUAUUUAUCUGUGCAGAAGCGUGACUGUUGUUGCAGGACUCUCAGCUCCCACAAGGCUUCCACCUGCAUCUAUUGUGCAUACCACAUGUACAGGAUGACAAUGUAAAUGGGCGCUUUUUAUUGUGUCAAUGUCAGUAAUAUAUCAAUAGAAAAAUAACGUCAUGCAAUACUUGUCAUAAGGCUCAGAAAAUCGCCAGAAAAUUCUUAUUAAAAAUAAUGUGAAUUGGAGAAAUGAUUGAAAAUAUAGAUAUUUUUGGAAAGAAAAGAAAUCUAUUUUCGGUAUCAAUAUCUUGACGAGCUAAUAAAAUGACUUGAAAAUGAAGAACGGAUGUAACGAAACACUGGAGGCUAAAGUUGCGGAACGCAGUGAACGUGCCAAAAAGCUUUAUCGGUAUGUAACAGAUGUAGCAAGACGAAUAAGCGAGACAACAGCUGCAAGUCGAACGGUCGCUGAUCUUUUUGCCACCCAUUUAGAGGUUCAACGCCAAAAACUAAGGGACAACUGCGAAAAGUUAAUGUUUUUAGACCCCUUAAAUUAUGGAAAGAAAUCACUUGAGCUCCUCUGGAGAAAAGUAUAUUAUGAAGUGGUGGGAGCUGCCAGAAAGUUGAAGGAGAGUGAUACUGAAUGUGACAGUUACUUGUUCAGUCAUAUUGUUUGUGGAGUAGGUCACUUUCACCAUUUUAUAACUAUGAUACAAUCAGAAUUGAAGAUCAGUUUCAAUGAAUUGGAUUAUGCUUCCUUGAACAAAGACGAAGAAAGUGAGGAAUCUAAAGAUUCCCCAGAGGAAGAAGAGAUACAAUUUGGAAGAUCCGCUUUACAUUCAUGUUUGAUUUACCUGGGAGAUUUGUGCCGCUAUCAAGCAGAAAUAUUCCAUACAUAUGAUUCAUCUAUUGCAGCUCGUUACUAUCUUCAAGCUGCUCACCUUGACAUGUCAUCAGGAAUGCCAUACAACCAACUUGGUAACUUAUAUUUGGACAAAAACUACAAUUUAGAUUCUGUUUGCUAUUAUAUCCACUGUCUCAGUUGCUCCAAUCCUUUUGAAGGUGCUCUGGGAAACUUGACUAAAAUAUUUGAAAAGAACAUACAAUUUUGUGAAACUGUAAGCACUUCUGAAUCUAUGACUCAGACUGAACAUAUACAAAAUACAGUUGCCAAUUUCCUUUCUUUAAUAGAGAUUUGGUAUCUCAGUAAAAAUGAUACCAAUAUUCCCCAGAGGUGCAGUUCUUUAGCACAGGAACUUAAAAUUGCUAUGGAAUUUGAAAAAUCUCCAUUGCCUGAUAUUAAUGAAAACUAUGAUGAAUAUAACCAAGCUUUGGAGGAAGAGAACAUGAACCCUUCUUAUUUGAAUGGCAAUCUUGUGCAUAAAAUUGUGCAAAUUUGCUUGUUUACAAUGUCUAAAAUGAUGGAAACAGAUGAGGUGAAAGCUUUUGCCUGUAAGGCGUUUACUUUAGCCUUACUAUCACAGCUUUUGCAACAGCUAUUGAAGCAGAUUCAAUCAUUUGGCCUCAAGAAUCCAGCAAGCAAAUAUUGCUCCAGGUCUCUACAACCACAAGAAUCAGAUGUAGAGGCACCUGAUGAUAAAGCUAAUUUACAGGAAAAACCAGUUUCACCUAUUCAAAAUGGAGUUACAAAAGAACUUGAAGAUGUGACAAAAGAUAACAAUGCCGAUGGUGACACUGAGAAAAUUCAAAAUGGUGAUGUUAAAAAUAAUACUAAAAAAAUUCCUUCAAAGAGACGUCGCCGUAGACGAGCAGCAUCAUCAGAGAGCUCGGACAUGAGUGAUGCAGAUACUGAGAGCAGUGAGGUCGACUCAGAUGAGAUCACUUCGGAUGAUGAUUCAUCCCAGUCUAGCUAUCAUUCUGAAGAUCACGACUCUCACAGUGAGGACUCUAUUGGAGAUGGUUCUGAUACAGAAACAACUAAUGCAAAAGUUAAUGGUGAUGUUGAAUCAUCUAACAACAAACAAGCUCCAGAAAUCAAUGGAACUGGACCAACUACAAACAAAGAUAAUGAACACAUUGAAAACAAAGAUAAUGAUAUAAAUUUGGAUGAAAUACAAAAGUUUUUACUUGGAAACAAUGUUCUACCUAGCAUCAAGUUAUUACAAGACUGGAUACUCACAGAAAAGGAAUUGAUUUUAUCCUGUGGAGACAGUGGAGAGUCAUUAUUCCAAUGUGUAGUUGAUUUGCUCAAUAUUUUCUCACACCAUUUUAAUGCCAAGUUUGAAACCUAUGGUGCUGACUGCAAAAUUCUAAAAUAUGCAAAUCAAGUCGCCAAAAAUUUAAUGUUGGAAUACAAAACAAUACCACUACCUGAGGAUGUAAAUUUGCGUGGCACCAACAUUUGUAAAUUCGAUAAAGAUGCAGCUGAAUGGCAAAUACUGGACAGAUAUAAACCAUCAGUAUAUGAAGAAAACAUUAUAAGAAUUUUGAACUUCAUUGAUUUUGGCAAUCAAAUAGCAAAAAUCGUUCCCCGGAUUCGCUUCAACAGAUCUAUGAAAAUAUUUUAUUUCAAAAAGAGUCAGCCGCCAAAGCUUAGCACUAAAGUGAACCAUAAAAGAAGCAGAGAAUGGCACAAUUCCAAGAAACAACAUGCGGAGGCCGGCGAAGGCGGGUUACUUCGUCGGCUGGGUCGGCUGUGGCUGGUGUCGCAGGUGCGCGAGCUGGAGCGCGUGGGGCGGGUGUCCGCGCCCGCCCUCCUCGUGCUGGACUCCGCCGCCCUCAACAAGCACCUGCGCAGAGUCAAACAGCUGCUGCGCGCGCGCAACUUUACUCUUCUCAUACCUUCUAUUGUGCUUCAAGAGCUAGACUCGCUGAAGCGCGAGCAGAGCAGCGCGCGCGACGCCAUCCGCUGGCUGGAGGCGCAGCUGCGCGCGGGCGCGCGUUGUCUGCGCGCGCAGCGCCCCGCCGAGGCGCGCGCGCUGCCGCUGCUCAAGUAUCCCAGGAAGGCGCCCCCGCACGUCCACAACUUCAUACAAAUCCUCGAGUUCUGCAACCACUUCACCGCCGACGAGAAACACAGCCAAGGCGGCAACGGCGACCCCGACAGUUCGUUGCCCGGCAAGUCGGCCCCCUUGCUCAUAUUGCUCGUCGGCAACCAACCCGGGUCCGAGGAGGAACAGUACAAAGAGUUCAGCCUGACCGGGGCGGCGCAGUCGGCCGGCAUCUCCAUCGAACACAUCGGAGAUUUCUACACGAAAUGGCGCCAAACGAUCCAUAAGAAUGGCAAGAAAAGAUGAACUCGUUCUCGUCACGGUGGGGUCUCGACUGCAGCGAAAGGAUCGACAGCGAAGCUCGUCACUUUCGAAAACGGAUUGAAUCAUCUCAGUCAGAAUGAUUAUGAUUGUAUUCCAGCUCAAAUUGCCAACUGAGAGUCAAAUAACGUAUGGGUAUAUUAACAAUACCAUGGCGUUGCUCAGAUGAGCCCAUAAUUAUUCGUUUCUGACUAAUCCAUCAUCUCAUUAAAUCGUUUAGGUAGUUCCAUUUCAUAUUUCAUUCAUCAUCAUAUUUUUCACCAUUCAUAUUGGUACCUUUCAUUGUAAAAUCAUCGUAUCAUAAAGGGGAUAUCGUCGCGCGAAUCAAAUAUUUCGGCUUGAAUUAUAUACUUUGAUGUCAUAUUUGAAUUUUGUUAUUCAACAAUAUCAUUUUUGUUCAUGAAUAAAUGUUCUCUUAACGAUAACAAAGUUUUUUAUAUGAAAGUCGUGUUGAUCUAUGA